AUGGAUAAAGUAGCAUCCUCACCUGGUCGCUCUCCGCCACCGCCAAUAAGCACAAAACCCCUUCCGUUUCUCCCGCCCGACACAUUGGCAAUCAUCCUCAACUUUUUAUCCAUUUCAAAGUCAACGUCAACGUUACAUUCGUGCGCCUUGGUGAACCGGAUGUGGUGUAGAUUAUCCAUUCCCUUGCUUUGGUCAAAUCCCUUGUCGUUGAUAUUGCAAUCUUCACCGUCAGAUUGGUGUAUGGUGGAGAGAAAUUCGGCGUUGAUAAUUGAGACCUACGUGGCUUGUUUGUCGAAUGAGGAAAGGCUUCAGUUUAUUGGCAGCACUGAGACGAUUGACCAUGGUGAACCGGAGAAGAUCAGUGAAAUGGUAGCAAUGACCAGAUUCAGAAUGAAUAAUCCUUUGUUUGAUUAUACGGCAUACCUGAAGAAUGUAGACUGUGAACAACUUCGUGGUGCCGUGGAUUGUUGGGUGAAUCUAAUGUACGACACGUUGAACUUACCGUCAACCUUUAAUCCGACUGCAUAUCUGGCGAACGUGCUAUUUAAGCGAUCGAAGGGAAUCAAGAGCUUGAGUUUUAGAUACCUGAAGGAAACAACACUUCAUUCAAUGGACAUUUCAAGAUUUACCGGUGCACAGGAUGCAUUGCGGAAACUAGAGAAUUUUGAUGUCGUUUACUACCCUAGCAAUAAAUAUCUCACCUCUUACUCCGCCGGUGCGCAAUCAUCGAGUUUCAUGGAUGGAUCGAGAUCCGUAUUCGCCCUGAUUAAAUCCCAGCGUCACCUUCGAUGCCUGAAACUUAACGAAUUCUUUCUAGCCAAUCAAUACGAGGAUUUGUGCUCGGCACUAAGCACUCAGGAACCAUUCAACGGAAUCUCGAUUCGCGAAUUGCAUAUUUCUCGAUGCCCGUCGCAAAACUCGAUUCUUCAUCUUCUAAACCUGGUGAGCCCGUUUCACCUGCAAAGACUUGCGAUCGAUAACUGCACCACGGAAAUUAUUGACACCAUCAUUGAGCGUGCCCCGAAUCUUACACAUUUGGAUAUGCGAGUGGCUCCGGACGUGGAAUUGCAACGUUCCGGUGAUAUUCGUACGCACUCCACCAAUAUCCGAAUGUACUCCAACUCGAAUUACAGUACUGUUAACGUCUGCGAGUGUGAUGCCGUGGAGAACGAAAGCUUUCCUCUUCACUACGAAAGCGAUUUAGACACAUUCGAAGAAUUCAUCAUAUCUACCAAGAAUUGCUUGCACCAUCUGCGGUGCCUGGAACACUUUGUGCUGAGAUUGAACACCAACACCACCGACUCUGACUUCGAGAUAAUCGACAGUGUGAGAGAGAUAUUAGAUUCGUUGCCGCGGAGUACAAGCCGUGUGGGAUUAGAGAUGAAUUUUGGGUCGAUACAAGAGCUGUGUAUCGUGUUGAGCGGGCGCAGGGGCGAUGAUCUUGGCAAAUUGGAUUUGUGUUGGCAAGGUAAAUCGAACUUUGAGGAAGUGGUGGAAGUGUUGAACAGAUUUUGGGAGGAUGAGGGCUGGGAAAGUGAAGAGGUGAAAAAGGUCAGAUUGUUUUGCGGGUAUGGUGAUGGGUUGGCGAAUAAUGGUAAGAGGUUUUUGAACGACGCCUCCACGCGUGCGAUCAAUGUGAAGCAAUUGGGCGAGAUGUUGAAUGAGAAUAUUGUAAUGGAUGUCAUCGAAAGCCCGUUUAUUCCUUUGCACUUUGCUUAG